GCGUGUGUGUGCGGUCGGACUUUGCCAGUCAUGCUCACACGGCUGAUAUUGGACCAGUGAACUCACCGCAGUGGGACAGCAAACUGCGCGAAGCUCAAGCACAACGUCAUCGAGUUGGAGUGAGUUAUCCUGCAUUUAUUGUACACCCGAGGACUUCAGCCUGAGCUGAAGACUCAUCAUGGCCGAACUGAGCGAGAGUCCGUUUUCUCUAAUGAGUCUGGAGGAUGAGCUGACCUGCAGCAUCUGUCUGAGUACCUUUGACUGUCCGGUGACCAUCCCCUGCGGACACAACUUCUGUCAGGACUGUCUCCUGGCCACCUGGAAGGACUCCUACAGCUGUCCUCAGUGCCGGACCCACUUCUCCACCAAACCGGAGCUGAAGAAAAACACGGUCCUCAGCACCGUCGUGGAGACCUUCGUGUUGAGGACGAACAGGAGCGAGGCCGGCCUGGUGGUGGAGGAGAGCAAAGCCGAGGAAAAGGAUGUUCUACGCUGUGAUACAUGUAUGGAGGCAGAGGCGUCCAAAACCUGCCUCACCUGCAUGGCCUCUUUCUGUGACGAGCACCUGCGGCCUCACCAGGAAAACCCAAUAUUUCGCCUCCACCAGCUGAGUGAGCCUGUGGGCGACCUGUCGGAGCGGAUCUGCCCGGACCACCACAAGCUGAUGGAGCUGUUCUGCAGCCAACAUGGCCGUCCGAUCUGCAGCCUCUGCCUCCAGCAAGUCCACAAAGGCUGUACCUUCGUGUCUCCUGAGGAGCAGAGGAACCUCAUAGAGUCUGACCUGAGAGGCAAGUUGGAUUUGCUGGACGCGAAAAUUACAAAGAAUGAGACCGUUAUAUCUCAAAUGGGUAACAUGCAGAACAAGCUCAGGGACGCAGCGACCAACAGAAAGAAGACUCUGACAGCUGAGUAUCAGCAGAUGCGGGAUAUCUUGGCCCAAGAGGAGCGUGUUGCUCUGAACACAGUGGACCGCGAGCUGGAGAGCGGUGAGACCAAACUCAAGGGUCUUGUGAAGAAGUUCACUGAGAAUAUUGACAGCAUGGGCAAAGCUAAAGAAGAGAUCCAAAGUCUGCUGAGUCAGUCCCAAACUCUGGCUUUCUUACAGGCUUCGUAUAACCUGCCCAAAAAUGUGAACUUUGAUCCUUACACCCCUCAAGUCACCCUGGACUCCAAGAAGGUGACAGCAACACAGACCUCUACUGCUGCCCUGAAGGAGUAUCUGACAGAGAUCCUUAAACAGCCCGUUGAGGCCAGACUGGCGAUGCUUAAACCAGAUGCAAAACCAGUUCCAGGCUCAGCACCUGCAAAUUCUGGAAGUACUGGAUCUCAGCCAGAAUCCGACGUAACUAAGCCUCCAAAGCAGAAAAAGCCACCCAGGUCCCACAGUCCCGGUCGUCCACCCAUCCAGCCUUUAUUCCAGCAAGCUCCUAGUUAUAUUAGGCCACCUGCAGGCUUCUUUCCCCCCCAGCAUCCACCAGGUCCUAGAUUUAUGGGAAGACCAAAUGCACAUGUUAACACUGGCAUUUUUGGAGCUUAUGGGGGAUUUACACCUUUCAACCCAGGAAUAUACCAGUCAUCUGAGCAACAGUGGACAGGUCCAGUUCCUCAACCCAAAGCAGCACCAAAGAAGAAACAAAAACAAAAACCUCCCCAAACCACGGAUGACAAAACAGAACAAAAGAAUAAAGCCCGUUCAAUGGAAAACCUGUUGGAUUUAGAUGGGAAAGACAAACCCAGAAAGACAAACCCUCAAACUCCUGCAGACCAGUCCAAAGAGAUACCAGAAACAUCGGACAUUCCCCCAAACAUAACAUCUGCUGAAAAAAGAAGUGAACUUCUGAAAUAUGGUACAGUGCUCACUUUGGAUCCAAAGACGGCCCACAAACGCAUUGCACUGAGUGAGGAGUUCACUAAGGCCUCUGUGUCAGAUGAACACACAAACUACCCCGACUGCCCUGAACGCUUCGCUGUCUGCUCCCAGGUGCUCGCCACUAAGGGUUUCUCUAGAGGCCGCCACUACUGGGAAGUCCGACUUAGCAGCAACAAUUUCAUUGGCGUAGGCUUGGCUUACAGCAGCAUUGACCGCAAAGGUCCCACCAGUCGACUGGGCCGCAAUGUCCAUUCCUGGUGUGUCGAGUGGUUUAACGUUAAGCUGUCAGCAUGGUAUAACAGCAGUGAGACCGUGCUGGUCAAUCCCAAUCCAAAGCGCGUAGGCGUGCUGUUGGAUUGUGAGGAGGGCACCGCUACGUUCUAUAACGUGGCAGACAGGGCAUAUCCCUUCCACUCCUUUGUGUUCCCCUUUGCUGAAGCUGUGUAUCCAGCUUUCUGGAUUUUCUCAAGUGGCUCGUCCAUUACUUUGUGCAAGCUGCAGGCAUGAGGAGCAUAUCCACAUAAAUGGCAUGUACAGGCACACAGGCGCACACACACACACACACACACACACACACACACACACACACAGAGUAUCAGCACUUUUUCUAAACAGAAUGGCUAAUAAUGAAAAGCAUACCCUGCUAGUUGUGCUUACAAAGCUGGCCUUGUUGCCUUGUUGAAACUGAGUGGCAUUUUGUGCUGUUGGAAUGGAUCAGGUGAAACAGUGACUGCUUGCUGCUAGGUGCCCCUCUGUAAGCUCUGCGUCAAACCAAAAAAGGAAUAGAUAAUGGUUUUUCUGCCCAGCCUGGGAUUAUUAGUCCAUAGACAUCUUAAAGCAUCACCUUUAAAAUGGAUGUCAGAAUUUACAGCUAAGUUCUUAGCUGUUGUCGUUAGCUACGCUAGCUUUGAUUUAUAGCUGCAGCAUAUAUGCUAGCUUUUCAAAUCACAGGAAAAACAACAUACCUUGUGUUUUUAAGCCUAUAAACUGCAUUCAAGGUGAUUGGGAUGCACAUAUGCAUCAUAAUCACCUCAUAAGUAUUUAAAAACAAGCUAUAAAUAUGUUUUUAAAGCUAUAUUAUAUUUGCCUGAUAUCAGACUGAAUUGUCAACUCGUUACACUCAGUUACAAUCUUCAGUCUGACAUUGCAUCCACUCUGAUAUCUGUGGAGGUUGGAGAUUCCUUUAAGAUUUCCUCUAACCAACCACUACAAACCCACAUAUCCGCCUCAAUCUCCGUACCAUCAGCAUGCUGGUGUAUGCCUGUGAUACGCUGAGUAUGCGGAGUCUCCACACCAUUUGACAGUCUCGGAGCCAGCAGAUAUGCUGGAGAAACUACCUUGGCUUUUGCCCUGUAGGCUGACAUUGGUGUUUGCUUUGUCAGCUGACAAUUACGUGGUUGCUGCUGCUGCUGGCUGACACAUUACACUCCAUUUUAACAGCUUACCUGGCCCUGGCUGUUACAUGUUAAGCUGUGCACUUGUGCACUGAUAUGAAGCAGACCUACUGAUGAGUAGUCAGAUGAGCAGCCAUGCCAACUUACCUGUUUUGAGAGUAGAGCAGGGAGAAAUAAUACAAACCACAAUAUCAGGCAGUGUUGACAAGACAUGUCGUCUUAACAGCCUUGUUAGCAGUGUCUGUUUUGUCUAUAGUGGUUGCCAUUGAUAUUACUCCUCAUUGGUUCCAACGCACUGCUUGACAACAGCGUUAGUCCCUCCAGGGUGCUGAUUGGUUAAUUGUUAGUCACCCCCGUGGAGCUCAUUGGUUGUUUUUUUUGACAGAGAAAACAUCAUUUCAUGUCACAAUGCCAGACCAUUCAGUCAACUCUAACUCAGUGGAGUGGUCGGAUUCAAAGGUCUGGAUCAAGGCAAAUAUUGUACAUCUUAUAUGCAGAAGGAAUAAACACAUAAUGUUGUUAUUGAUAGCAAAAGAUGAGCAGAAUAAAUGAUCUACCAUACUUCCUUUUCUUUUUUUCAGUAAACCUAACUGAAGCAGAUAAUCAACAAUGUAACAAAGUCUGGGUGUGCUGUCAUAUUCAGCCAGCUGCCUUGAUGAGAUGAAGCUGGGAGGAAUGGUAGCUGGGUUUCCAUGUGCUGGUUUCAAUAUCAGAGAUUUGAGCUACUCCAUCCUUUACUAGGAUUACACCAGAACACACGACACACACUGUACACUAUACGCACAGCAUGCGUGCACUCGUGUGUCUCCUGUAUUGCGAAUAUGACUGGAUAAAGAAGUGACUUAAUUAUGUCACUCUCCAGCAUAUGUCUAUAUGCAGUGUUUUCACAUAAAGUCUACAUGUGAAAAACCUAUAUUUGUUUUGGAGUGUAGCUCUUCAGGUUAUAGGGCUGGGCAAUGUGAACAUUUUAUCAAGAUUUUUUUUCCCAUAAAUCAUAUGAAUCAGUUCUGGUGACCUUAAAGAUUUCCUGUAUUGCCUAGAUUUUUCCAACUUUUGAAAUAAAAACAAUAGCUUGUGGUUGGUUGAGCUAACGUGACUAACCCUGUUAAAACAGGUUGUACAUUCCUAGAAGACUGGCUAGAAAUACAUGUUUGUUUGCUGGACUGGCUGUCCAUCGUGCACAAGCAGUGUGUCCUACAGACAGUGAAAUUUUGUUUAUCAAGAUAACUGAAUAUAUUGUUUGUAUCACCCAGCCCUAUAUCAUCACUUCAACUCUUUGACUGGUAUGGCUGAUGAGAAUAGAAGUCAUAUAGAAUGUUUUCAUCAAGAGCUAUCAGUCUUUAUUGGUUGAGUGUGAGUCAGGAGAUAAUGGCGAAGAGAGAGAAAGAUGACAUGCAGCAGCGGUCCUUGGUCAGAUUUGAUCCCAGGAUGUCAUGAUUGCAUGGUGUGACACAAUUUCACAUAUACGGUAAUCACAUUAAACCAAUAAGCCAUCAGAAUGCUCCGUUGGCUUUUGGUAAGGUGGUAGGAGGGUAGUUAGAUGUUAGUUUCACUGGGGUUUAUUAUUCGUUGUUUGAUGCUAAGUGUACCCCGGCUUGUAAGAUGUUUGCUGAGCACACUAGUGACUAUAGUUAUGGUGGCUCAUUUCCCAAUGUGGCACCACGGGAGUACAUCAGUGGUUGGUCAGUGCAUACUGAUCAGUUUUGGUCAGGCUAACCACGAUCACGCUCAUCUUGCAGGUGCUAAAAGAUGUGACAUGACAAACCGUAUGGGUGUUGAGCAGAUCUGUCUACACAAAAUGAGGUACAGUGAAGUUAGCUGUUUGAACAUAGUUCUCUUUGGUCUUUUUGACAAAGGUGGCUUAAGUUCUAUCUUCAUAGCAGUUGAGAAGACACUGUUGUCUAGCGUGACUAAGCUGAUAAGCUGGUAGAGGUUUGGACAUGACAGCUGCUGUAGUGAAUUAAACUGCUGAUUAAGUAAAAAAAAUCUCUGAGGCAUUUCAGGCAAAGCACUUCAGGUAUGGACCUUUAGUUUUAGCUUACAUGGCAAUAUUUAAAGGUACAGUGCAUCUUUGCGUGUAAAGCCUGAACCUGUAAAGUGAAAUCUGCUGUUUUCACUUUUUGCAGUUUAUCAACACAGUGGCGAAUUGUGGUUUGGGACACAUAGCUUUGUGAAACUAUAGAAAGCUUUACCAUAAAAUAAGAGGUGGCCAAGCAAUUAUACUGUGUUGUCACUGGUUUAGUCUUACUACUAUGCUUAAAUAACGUGUGUGCGUUCUUGCUUAACAGAGUAAAAGAGUUUGUUUAUUUCAUGCAACAUUGACUUUAUAGCUUACGUUUUCUGUUUUUGGCUUGAAAAAAUGUGGUAUAGUCUGUAGACUCCGGUGGCUUGCAGAUCAUUUUGUUGUUUGUCCUUGUGCUCUUCAGCUGCAGUGUAUUUUAUACUGUUCUUUGUAUCUGAUACUUUCAAGGGUCCCAGUACAUUGGCUUGUACUUAAGUGUGUGUCAUCAAAAGUUAUCAAAUCAACCUUUGUGCAAUGCUUCGUGUGUGCUGGUUGUAUUCAGUGUACAAACAGGAGAUGCAUGGACAAACCAGUUUGAUUGUGUUAACAUUCUAAAGAUUUUUGUUCUAUUACAUUAAGUUUACGCAAAACCGUUUGUAAUACAAAUGAACCAAUGAUUGUUAUUAAUAAAAUAUGUUUCUCUCUCUCUCA